AUGUCCAUAAUUUUCAAGAGCAACAAUCCGUAUGAAGAUUCUUCGUGGUCGAAUGCAACCCAUUUUGAGUUCGUGGGCUACGACACGGAGCCGUUCUGGGACAAAGACGGGAAGACAUACAUCAACGGGGCACAUGCCUGGAAGAUUGGUCCUUGGCUACAGCAAGCUGAAGCGAACCUCGAUACUGGUGAGGUUGGGGAAUGGAGAACAAUUUGGAAUGGCACGGGUGGCAUGGCGCCUGAAGGGCCACACAUAUACUUGAAAGACGGUCUCUACUACCUGUUAGCUGCAGAAGGCAAUGGCUCAACAUUCAUGCGCGGUACUGGUGUCGGCCACAUGGUCACGAUAGCUCGUUCGGAGAAUGUUGGGGGUCCAUAUGAGUCAAAUCCGGCCAACCCAAUUCUCACCAAUGCAAACACAACCUCCUACUUCCAGACUGUCGGACAUGCCGACCUCUUCCAGGAUGAUUCAGGAAACUGGUGGGGUGUCGCGCUAUCGACAAGAUCUGGCCCUGAGUGGGUUUACUUUCCCAUGGGCCGUGAAACAGUCCUGACCGCCGUAACCUGGCGAGAGGGAGAAUGGCCGCAAAUGUCGCCCAUUCAGGGCAAGAUGAGUGGUUGGCCCAUGCCACCAGCGAAUCUAGAUAUUGAGGGCUCUGGCCACUGGGUCAUGUCGGGCGAAGUUGCAGCUGAUAGUGUUGAGUUCGAGGCUGGUUCAGCACUGCCAGCUCAUUUCACACACUGGCGUUAUCCCGUCGAAAGCUCAUAUACAGUAUCACCACCUGAGCGUUCCAACAGCCUACGUCUCAUGCCGUCAAAGCUCAACUUGACAGCCCGCAAUGGCAAUUACGCCGGUCCUGGCGGGCAAACGUUCGUGGGUAGGCGACAGCAGGAUACACUCUUCACUUAUGGCGUAACAAUAGACUUUUCACCCACGCUAGAAGAGGAAGAGGUCGGCAUCUCUGUCUUCCUAACGCAAAAUCAUCAUCUCGACUUGAGUUUGGUUUUACUGCCAGCAAACGGAACCACGCGGGCGCUUCCGGGGUAUAACUUGACUACGGGGGAUGAUUCCGAAAAACUGGAAUUACAUUUAAGAUUUCGGGGCGAGUCAUAUUCUCCCGUCCCAGACGAAAUCACAGCUCCAGUGCCGGAAGAAUGGGUAGCCUCGCCAGUCAGGCUAGAGGUGAAGGCCGCGAACCUGACGCACUAUUCUUUUUCGGCCGGCCCGGCCAAUGCAGCUUCUCGAAUGAAGACACUGGUGUAUGCGUCGAAUGAUGCUCUAAGCUGGGGCUUUACAGGCGUCUUUGUUGGUGUGUAUUGCACAAGUAAUGGAGGGCUUGGCUCAACACCAGCAUACAUAUCAGACUGGACUUACAUUCCUCAAGGCCAAUACAGAGACUAG